CCCCGUCCCUCUACACUACAGCUCCCAGUGCACGUAGCGGCCCUACCCUCAGAGCGCACUGACGACUGGGAAUGGUUCUCUCUCCCUCUGUCCCCUCUUUACCCUGCCGGAGCGUAAUGGAGCGCAAUUUCGGGGAAAGCUACGUCCUUACGGCUCCGGGACGAGCCUACCUCACUCCAUGUGCGGCGGCCGUGGACGACGUGACGCUACGAGAUGCCGGCAGGGGAACGCGGACCGCAGAGGCUACCCCGCGGCAGCCGGGACGCUCCCCCCGCGGCGGCCCGGCAGCCCGCGCGCCCGGCCGCGAACCAAUGGCGCCUUCCCGCGCAGCCAAAAAAAGUGAACAAGAGCUGAAAGAUGAAGAAAUGGAAUUGUUCACAAAGUAUUACAUGGAGUGGAAAGGAGGAAGGAAAAGUGGCAGUACAUCAUAUACAAACAUACCACGAUUUUACUACAGGUUGCCAGCUGAAGAUGAAGUCUUGCUUCAGAAAUUAAGAGAAGAAUCUAGAGCAGUCUUUCUGCAAAGAAAAAGUAGAGAGUUGUUGGAUAAUGAAGAGCUGCAGAAUCUGUGGUUUCUACUGGACAAACAUCAGACAUUACCAGUGAUUGGGGAAGAAGCGAUGAUCAACUAUGAGAACUUCUUGAAAGUUGGUGAAAAAGCUGGACCUAAAUGCAAGCAGUUCUUCACAGCUAAGAUCUUUGCUAAAUUACUCCAUAAUGAUCCUUAUGGAAGGAUAUCUAUCAUGCAGUUUUUCAAUUAUGUCAUGAGAAAAGUAUGGCUUCAUCAGACAAGAAUAGGUCUCAGUUUAUAUGAUGUGGCAGGACAGGGUUACCUCAGAGAAUCAGAUUUAGAAAACUAUAUUUUGGAACUCAUCCCUACUUUGCCACAACUGGAUGGUUUAGAAAAGUCCUUUUAUUCUUUCUAUGUCUGCACAGCAGUUAGAAAGUUCUUCUUCUUUCUGGAUCCUCUCAGGACAGGAAAGAUAAAGAUCCAGGAUAUUUUAGCUUGCAGCUUCCUGGAUGACUUACUGGAGUUAAGGGAUGAAGAGCUUUCUAAAGAAAGUCAGGAAACAAACUGGUUUUCUGCUCCUUCUGCAUUAAGAGUUUAUGGCCAGUACUUAAACCUUGAUAAAGAUCACAAUGGUAUGCUCAGCAAGGAAGAGCUGUCCCGGUAUGGAACAGGGACUCUGACCAACAUAUUUUUGGAUCGUGUCUUUCAGGAAUGCUUAACUUAUGAUGGUGAAAUGGACUAUAAAACCUACCUGGACUUUGUGCUUGCAUUAGAAAACAGAAAGGAGCCUGCAGCUCUGCAAUAUAUUUUCAAACUGCUUGAUAUAGAGAACAAAGGAUACCUAAAUGUCUUUUCCCUUAAUUAUUUCUUUAGGGCUAUUCAGGAACAAAUGAAAAUCCAUGGACAAGAACCAGUCUCUUUUCAGGAUGUCAAGGAUGAGAUCUUUGAUAUGGUGAAGCCUAAGGAUCCUUACAAAAUCUCCCUUCAAGACUUAAUCAAUAGCAGUCAAGGAGACACUGUUACCAGCAUUCUCAUAGAUCUGAAUGGGUUCUGGACGUAUGAGAACAGAGAGGUCCUGGUGGCGAGCGACAACGACAGCACUGCUGAUGUUGACGAUACAUGACUUUUGAAUAGGAUCAGUCUGUACCUAUAGAGAGAUCUCAAUGUGGUUCACCAGCUGUUGGAAGCUGGAAACAUUCAUCAUCUGAAUCAAUGCCUCUUCCCUUCCCCCUCUCCACUCUCCUAGAAUAUAAAAUGUGGUAUGCACAGGAAUUGCAGAACUCACACCUGAAACCAAAAGAAAGGCAAGUGGUGGUGAAGAGACAAAAAUUACCUUUUUUAAUAUAAAUAAAUAUUUUAUGAUGUUUGGCUUGUGUACCAAGCCCCAUUCUUACUUGAAUAUGCUGUUCUAUCAUGUGACUUCACCCUGAAAGGAUGUGGUUCUGAGUAUGUUUCAGCAGUGUGUCCUGCUUAACCAUCCCAAGCUUCCCAUGGCUUUCUGUAUGGCUUCCUCUAAUGACAGCACCACGGAGCUUCCUGUUGUAAAGGAAGAAGUCUUUGGUAAGAGGUAAGGAGUUCAGGCCUUUAUUUUCUGUGUGUCCACCUCUAAGUAACUAAUAAAUAAGUUGCUAACUA